GUGUGUGUGUGUGUGUGUGUGUGUGUGUGUGUGUGUGUGUGUGUGUGUGUGUGUGUGUGUGUGUGUGUGUGUGUGUGUGUGUGUGUGUGUGUGUGUGUGUGUGUGUGUGUGCCCCAAGUGUUGUGAUGUCUGUAUGCUGGAAUCAUGUUCAGGUGGAGUUGAAGCGCUCUCCCGCAUAUUUCAUUCACGUACCAACUCGGUGAUCGUGAGAAGCCGCCCGCUGCAGGACCGUACUACUUUUGCAACCGUCCCUCGUCACAUUUAUCUGGAUCAUCGUAAACAGAGGGUUAUCGUUCCUUGCAUACCAAAAAGAGCUCAAGUGGGCUCGCGGAAGAAGGGAAAAAAAUGUGGACUGCAGUGGCAACAUCGGCGUGCAGCCUGCAGCAGAGGCUGGUGUAACAGCAUCAUCUCCGGCGCCACACUGGCUAUGCAACGUGCGGGCACAACUGCAAAGAUAUAACACAUUUUCUGGCAUGGAGACUCGCCGCCGGCUGUUGAAGGAGUCCUGUGGGCAUGCCUUCCCCAUGGCCCGUCUACUGGCCCAGUGCCUCUGCUCUGCAUGCCAUCAUCCAGGGGAGGGAGGAAGGAGAGAGGCCAUCUAAAAAUAAACCCCACUCCAGCACCAGCAGAUAAACAAGAAAACCAACUGAAAACAAAAAUAGACUAAACGAGAAAUAAAAGGAGAUACAUAGUGGUCGUUGUCUCCCUCUACCUGUACUUCUUCCUAAAUCUCUCUCUCCCUCUCUCCCUCUGUCUCUCUAUCUUUCCCCCUCUCUCUCUGUCACUCUCUCGGUCCUCGUUAUGCUCUGAGCCGAGAUCAUGUCCCAAUCUGGCAACGUCCUUCACAUGUACGUGGAGGUGAGGCCCGACACGGACCAGGACGCGGUGAAGGGCUUCGGGGAGGCGGGGGAGGCUGACGGCCAAGUGGCGGCUGUGCCGGAGGGCUCCGCCGAACUCCUGUCCCAGCUCGCCACGCAGACCACCUGCCAGACGCUCCCGGCGGCCCAGCGUCUGGCCCGGGAGCACGCGUACCGUCAGUCGCCGUCCAGACACACGGUGAGCUUCCAACUCCAGCACAAGGUCACCUCGCGGUCCCCGACGGUCCUCAAGAGGCCGAGGUUACCGGGGGACGGUGUCUCCGCCGCCCCUCAUCCCCCUCCCGCGUGCCAGCGGUUCGGCGAAGAGAAGGCCGGUGAAGGGACGCGCUCCGUGGUCACGUUCAGCUACGUCGCGAAGCCCAAUGUGCGUACGGUGGAGAGCCCCCGGCACCCGCGCUGUGAGAGGGGAGCCCGAGAGGACGUAGUCAACCCCUCCCCGUUUUGUAAAAGACUGAGCGAUUCCUCUUGGUGGGGGAGUCCGGAUUCCUCUCGCGGCUCUAGUCCGAAGCUGGCUUUCAGACAACCCGCUAUCGACCCCAUCGGCAGGGCAGCCACCCAGAGGGCCGUGGAAGAGUUUGGCUCCCCCUUACUGAGGAUCAAACUGGCCCAUGCGCUCGAGCGGGGAUCGACGUCGCGCUACUUCUCGCAGCCGCGGUGCCAGUCGUGGGCGGGCUCCCCUGUCCUGCGUCAGAACAACUGCAGGUCUCCCGUCGACUGUGUCAAAGACAGCAGCCAAGCUAACUGUACGCUUCCCCAGAGCAAAGUGACGGAGCAGCUCCCCCAGUCGAGGCAUCCCGCUUUGGGGACACCGACCCACCCGCGGCCCAGGUCUUGUGCGGGGCCUGAGAGCCCUAUUCAUUGGCCGAUGGAGCACAGAGCCCUAUCAGGCAGUCCGGCUACCCGGGGACAUCAUCACAAGGCCUGCACGAGGGUUUCCUCGCCCAAGGGAGCGAUUCUUCAACUUGGCAAUAAACUAGUGGAGGGCAUGAACCAGCUAAGCGACAGUAAAUCCUCGUCACCAGCCCCCAGCCCCGAGGCGGCCCGCAGGUUAGCCGUGGAGGUCACCAAAGUCUCCUCUUUUUUCACAGAGCCCAGGAAGGGCUCGUUGCAUAACGCUUUGGGUGAGCCCACCCGGGGGUCAAGCUCUUGUGAACGCCACGACCCGAGCCCAAACGCACAACAGGCCCAGCAGCAUCAGCAGACGCUCCAGAUGAACAUCCCCUUGCACGGGCAACACGCACCAGCAACCGACAACAUCGACUGUCACCAGCCCGAGAGCUCCAUCUCGCAGUCCCACUCGCAGGAGACCAACUCUCGCAAUAACCACGACACGCAGCGGGAGGAGGAGGAGGAGACCAAGCCCGAGGAGCGGGGGGAGCGAGAGGGGGGCGGCCGUCAGAGCUCCUCCCAGCAUCAGAGCUCCUCCCAGCAUCAGAGCUCCUCCCAGCAUCAGAGCUCCUCCCAGCAUCAGAGCUCCUCCCAGCAUCAGAGCUCCUCCCAGCAUCAGAGCUCCUCCCAGCAUCAGAGCUCGCCCACAGCGGCGCCCAGUUCUCCCGCCCUCCCUGCCCGGUUCUUCCGCCCCUCUCACCCCCCCACGGAGUUCUGCUCCCCCAUGAGGGACCCCCGGUUACUCCGGGCCGAGGUGAGGGCGCUGGACAGCCCCACCCUGCACCGGCGCCAGCCCCCGCAGUACACCGGAGACCCCUGGUCCGCCGGGGCCGAGCGGAGGGGAGGCGAGCCGCCGCCGGGGGCCAACGAGAGCGUGGACUGCACGGAGCUCUCCCGCAGGCUCUUCAUCCACCAGGGGGUGGAGGAGGCCCCGGUCAGCUGGACCUCCAGGCAGCGCUGGGGGAAGCAGCCGUUGGAGGCGGUGGCGGAGCAGGAGAGCCAGUGCCCUAACCCAGAGGCCAGCCCCGCUGCCGUCGCCGCCGUCGUCCCCGGGCGCGGACCCCGGCGAGGCCGCGGGGGGGCCCUGAGCCCCACGGCGCGGCAGAAGCGAGCGGAGCAGAGGAGAAGGGAGGCCCUGCUCCUGGGACCCGUGGCCUUGGACUCGGCGGAGGAGGACGAUGAAGACGAGGAGGAGGACGAAGAGGAGGAGGAGGACGGGGAGGGAUGUGAGGGUUUUUUGGGAGAGAGGCAGCUGGGGUUACCGCGGGUACAGGGGCCUCUGGAGGGGGAGCAGAACGGCGUGUUGGGGGGGUCGUCGUCCCGGAGCUCCAGUGGGGUGACGGGGAGCCUGGGGGACAGGGACUGCGUUUCCCCCGAGUCCAGCCAGUCCAGUCACCAGAGCAACGACACCGCCGCUGCCACCUCAGGAAUACAGACUGACAGUGGCUGUGCUGUUCCGGGGCCUUCUCUUCACUGUCAGAGGAUAGCUCGAGCCAAGUGGGAGUUCCUGUUCGGGACCCCCGUGGAGGAGGCUGCCAGCAGAGGAGACAAAACGUUCCUGGGCGCCUCCACAGCGCCCCCUAGUGGCGCCUCCAGCGAGUCCCCUACGCCCACGCAACUGACCACACCCUCCGGCCUGCCCCUCCUUUCGGCCAACCACGACGUCCAGCAAGUGGAGGUGGAACUGGUCACGCCCCCGCCGCUGACGGGCUCCUCCCCCAGGACGGGCAUCAUCGGGCGGACCCUCAAGUACUCGGAGACGGACCUGGACGCGGUCCCGCAGCGGUGCUACCGCGAGACGGACAUCGACGAGGUGCUGGCCGAGCAAGAGGACGCAGACUCCGCCUUCGGCUCCAACCGCAGCGUGCUGGGCGGCAGCCCCCCCGAAGGGCCCUGCUACGAGAGGUCACACGGCCCCGAGGAGAGGGAGGGGGAGGAGGAGGAGGGGGAGAAGGAGCCGGAGGUGGGAGGUCAGGGAGAGGUAGAGGGGGAGGAGGAGGAGGAGGAGGAGGAGGAGGAGAUGGUGAGCUGGGCGAGCGUGAGGAUGCAAGGAGACGACAGGAGGAGUCAACAUGCCGCCCAAGAGGAACCAGAGGUGUUUGGACAUCUGCUUAAGAGGCCCCUGGAAACGUUUUUCGACAACCACCACCCCGCGCUGAAGUCCCCCGUCCUCGUGUCCCCCCCCCGCCGCACCUCAGAGGACACCUUCAGCCGCCAUUUUGAGAGCAUCAUGGAGUCGGCGCGCGCCAAGGGCACGUCCUACAGCAGCCUGGACAGCGAGGAGCUGCUGGGCACCAGCACCCAGACGGUGCUGACCUUUGACCUGCCCACGCUCACCCCGGCCAUCCAGGCGCCGUUCGGCCACAGCGCGCGGCACAUGGCGCACCUCAGCCUGGCCCCGCUCGCCGUCGACGAGCGCCCCAGCCUGUCGGACUCGGCGCUCACGGUGACGGGCGACUCGGACGCCACGCGGGCGCCCUCCAGCGAGAGGCUGAGCAGCGGGUCCGAGGACACGCCCCGGCGCGGCGGGACCCCCGGGCCGCAGCUCGGGAGCAGCUGGUCCAGCAACUUCUCCCUGCCCAGGGAGAAGGCCCGCCUGGCCACGGACACGGAGCUGGACCAGGACCUGAGCGAGCGCCUGGGCCUGGAGACCAGCGAGACGCUGACCAACGGGAGCAGCCGGGCCGACCUGGAGGCGGCCAAGCGGCUGGCCAAGCGCCUCUUCAAGCUGGACGGCUUCCGCAAGUCGGACGUGGCACGGCAUCUCAGCAAGAACAAUGACUUCAGCCGAAUGGUGGCAGCGGAGUACCUCAGCUUUUUCGACUUCAAAGGGCUGGCGGUGGACAUGGCCUUACGAGCGUUCCUCAAGCAGUUUGCGCUGAUGGGGGAGACACAGGAGAGGGAGAGGGUGCUAACACACUUUUCAAGAAGAUACCUUGACUGCAACCCGGGCAUCAUACCGUCUGAAGAUGCAGUUCACACUCUGACCUGUGCUCUCAUGCUGCUCAAUACGGAUCUACACGGCCAAAACCUGGGCAAGCGGAUGUCCUGCUCGCAGUUCGUGGGCAACCUCGAGGGACUCAACGACGGCCAGGAUUUUCCGAAAGACCUUCUUAAAGCCCUAUACAACGCCAUCAAGAAUCAGAAGCUACAAUGGACACUCGACGAGGAGGAGCUGCGCAAGUCGUUCUCGGAGCUCGGGGACAGCCUCUGCGACUCCACCGCCUCCACCUCGGUGCGGCGCGUGGGCAGCAGCGGGAAGCCCCUGUCGGAGGAGGCGCACCACGCCUCGGCCUCGGCGACCACCGGGGCGCUGCUGUACAAGAACGGCUUCCUGGUGCGCAAGGUGCACGCCGACUCGGACGGCAAGAGAACUCCGAGGGGCAAGAGAGGCUGGAAGACGUUCUACGCCAUCCUGAAAGGACUCAUACUCUACCUACAGAAGGGAGAGUACCGGCCAGAUAAGCAGCUCUCGGAAGAGGACCUGAAGAACGCCGUGUCCAUCCACCACUCUCUGGCCAUGAAGGCGGCGGACUACAGCAAGAGGCCCAACGUCUUCUACCUGCGCACCGCCGACUGGAGGGUGUACCUCUUCCAGGCCCCGAACGCGGAGCAGAUGCAGUCUUGGAUCACGCGGAUCAACGUGGUGGCAGCCAUGUUUUCAUCCCCUCCCUUCCCAGCAGCCAUUGGCUCUCAGAAGAAGUUCAGUCGGCCGCUGCUGCCGGGGACCAUGUCCAAGCAGCCCGAGGAGGAGCAGGUGAAGUCCCACGAGGCCCGCUUCCGCUCCAUCUCCACCGAACUGGCCGAGCUGCGCUCCUACCCGCCCGACCGCAAGGUCAAAGGUCGCGACCUGGACGAGUACCGGCAGCGGGACGAGUAUUUGGAGUUUGAGAAGACGCGGUACGGCACCUACGUCAUGCUGCUGCGGUCCAAGAUCCGCGCUGGCGAGGCGGACCUCUCCCUGUUCGAGGCCCAGCUCCUGGAGGACGGCGCCCUGCAGCGGGCCCAGUCCAGCCCCACGCUGCAGGACAGCAGCCUGGCCAGUCAGGCCAGCAGCAGCGCCCGGGACACGGCCAACAGCAGCAAGGCCAGCGGCGCCAGCAGUGCCCACGGCGGUGGCGGCGGCGGUGGCGGCGGCGGCGGCGGCGGCGGCGGCGGCGGCGGCGGCGGCAAGCCUCGUGCGGAGGGCCAGAGGCACAGCUACCGGCAGGCGGUGAAGAAGUGAGGCUGGGCGGGACGUGGGAUGGGGGGGCGCCGGUAGCGGCAGGCCCGCCUUCCUGCAAGGGUGUUUUUAUUUUUAAAUCCCCUUUAUGAUCCGGUCAUGGGAUCCGGAAGCACUGCUUGGAAAAGGAGGGGGGAUGGGGGGGAGGGAUGGGAGUGAGGGUAGUCCACUCCACUCCUCCCUCCCUUAACCAACCCCCUCCCACCCACCUCCCGCCCACAACGCCCUCUACCCCGCACCCUAAUCUUCUCGUCCAAUAGGGGAGCUGCGGGGCCCUGUGACUGGUAUGGUGGCUGGCCAAUACCAGCGGGGUUGUGAAGUCAGGAGGCGGAGGGACAACGAAAAGGGCACAAGCCUGGGGGGGGGGGGGGGGGGGGGUGGGGGAGGAGCAUGGGAGACGAGGUGUCGCUCAGAAAGGCAUUGUGGGUGCGCUAGUGUACGGCACUGCGCUGCACUGACAGACUGUUCCAAGGAGUCAGAGACAUGGACCAACCGUUCGGGCAUCCUUCGCCGUUUAUUUAGUUCUUCUGUCACGGCACCUUCGCUCACCGGCCACUCCCACCUGCUGUGUUACCUGUGGCCUCGUGUGAACUCUGAUUUGGGACCAAACGUGUUUUGACGCACAUUAGACAUUGCAUUGUUCAGGUCGAGCCGACCGCCCACCACCACCACCACCACCAGUCUGGUUACCGAGGGGGGGGGGGGGGGGGGGAACGGGCCACCGAGCUCUGGCUCUCACGGAUGACCCCGGCCCACCGGAGGUCGUCUCAACAAUGGCGGUACCCGUUUCAGCCCUCCAGCUGUGUUCACAUUCCACGCCAGAGAGCCGACACCGAAGCUCCCCCCACCGCCCCCCCUCCCACCACGUAUCCCAACCGUAAGGCCGCAGGCGCUGGCUGGACGAGGGAGGGAGAGCGGGAGAAGACCCAAGGAUGAAUCUGCACAGUGUACAACACAUAUCAGAACACAUAUCAGGCCUGCGUUUGCAUCUUAUCUCUGGGGGGGGGGGGGGGGGUGGGGGGUGGGGGGCAUGGAGCGAGGAGCCGCUCUCCGCCGAAACACACUGGCGGGUCGGCCCCGAUGAGAGCGGGAGACGUUUCACCAUACUAUUAAUACACCACACCACACAAAUCGAUACUUAACGCGUUUCCACCCCAGACGGGCGCCACCAUCUUUAUCUCCUCCACCACUAACAGAUGUCCUCUUGUUCGGUCGCUUACGCUUUUGUCCCGUGGUACGCAUCUUCGUUUUUCUUCUUCUUCUUCUACUUCAUCCUCCACUUGUUCUUGUUCUUCUCCGUCUUCUGCUUCUCCUUGGCUGAAUAUUGUUUCCUCCAGUGAAUCUGCAUGCCUAUAUGCGACCCUGCAAGCUUUUUCUAUCCAGACUUUUUUUGGUUUUGUUAGUUUUCUCUUUAUGAGGCCAAUGUGAUGCAAAGCGGCAAACAUUGUUUUGGUUGUUUAGAGCCUUGUGGAUCUGUUAUCAUUGCGUUGUUUAGCUGCGUCCUGCGUGCACCUUCUUUGUGUGCGCGUGUGUGUGUGUGUGUGUGUCAGUGUGUAUGUUAAGCCCCCUGAUUUUGAUUGGUUCACCCUCAACACCCACCGGGCAGACCCUGAAUGUUCCUUGUUUUCUUUCCCCCCCCAGUAUAUUUUAUGGUGUUUUACAGUUUGUUGACGUUCAAUCCGCUCUACCUGUGCAAUGUAUUGUCAAGUGUACGAUGAACUAUGUUAUUGGGUAUAUAAAGGAAUAUGUUAUCCAUAUUCAUUGUUAACAUACAGGAUAUGUUGUAUUUAACUUGGCCACCUGCCAUACGCUUAUAUUGUAUAAUACCUGAAAGUAUAUCUACAAUAUACUCUGCGCAUUGUUGUGAAUAUGAAUUAGGUACACAUAGAGCUGACAUUCCUUGCCCUGAAAGUCUAUAAUAAGUAUUACAUGAUGAUAAUCGUGUCGAUAACAAAGCCAGCAGCACAAUGUUUGUUACAAGAAUGUUGGUGUACGUUACAAAGAAAUAGAUUAGAUUAAGUAUGACUUUGAAAGCGACUGUUGAAGGAAUUCUUACAGGAACUGAGGCAUGAGGUGUGGCAUUAUAAAUGGCAUCUGAAAUCCAGUUGUCAUUCUAUUCUUGGAAACUAAUGUAAAGUUGUGGUGAGAGAGGAAGACGAUACUAAAUCAAUCGCAUGGGGGAGGGAAGAGACAACCACUGGUUUGAACAGUGAGCUGCAUGUUCGUUGUAUGUCAUAUUCCUUUUUUUUUGUUGAUCUGAAACACAAGUAUAUUCGAUUUCAACACUUCCCCUGUUCUGUGAUAUUUUAUGAUUAACUACCGUUGAUUGUUGUAUGAAAUUCUCUACUCAGGCUUGAAAAUGUACGCCUUGGACGGCGGCAGUGUUAGCAUCUUACCAACAGGGGGAGAUGUGGACGACGGUUAUAUAACUUUUAGGGCCAUGACAACCACCUGCUAUGAUGCCCUGUUAAUGCACAUGCAUAGAAGCACUCACGUACGGAUGGAUAUUGCAGGUUUAUGAAACACAAUUCUUUUUUGCAGUGUGUGUGUGUGUGUGUGUGUGUGUGUGUGUGUGUGUGUGUGUGUGUGUGUGUGUGUGUGUGUGUGUGUGUGUGUGUGUGUGUGUCUGUCUGAAGGAAUGACUACUAUAUGUACACAACACGCGUGCAUGUGUGGAUGUGUGUGCGUGUGCAUUUGUGCUUGCGUUGCACAAGUGAGUGUGAGUGUGUGAAUGCUUUAUUUUAACCUCCAGCUAGGGUAUAUUUGGUCAUUGUAUGCAUGCUGUGUACAUGCUGGCUGUCUAUGAACAGCUUAUUUAACCUUGAGUACCUGCUAGCCAAUGACCACGCUGUGUCUAAUUAUAACUACCAUCCAGCAGUAUCUAUUCCAUUGUUGUUACCCAUGAAUACCUGCAGAUAACUUUUGUACAGUUUUUUCGGACAAUUGCGUAAGGGUCCAUUCUUUACUCUUGCAUGAUGUUUGCCCCCCAAAAGUCAGUCUAUUGCAUUAUUUGAGUUUAUAAAUAUACAUUUUGAUCUGCUUUUCUGUUCCUAUAAUCUCUCCUGUUUGACUCUUUCGCGUGUCACGACCUUGCACUCGUUCAUGCCUCGCGCUUUCGCUUUUAUUGUAUAUUCUCCCACACUAUAGCCUUGUUUCACUUGUACGGCUCUAUCAGUGAAGCUGAUAUUACUCCUCAUAGAGAUUAUUCUAUAUUGUUUCCAUUACUGAUGAACUCCCUUAAACGGAUUGUGUAUGUUGUUAUUACAAAUGUGUAUUUAUUGAUUUUGCUUUUUGUUUUUCACUGUGGCCAAACUGUUCAGGAGUGACCGGCAUGGAGUCCAGUUCCAUUUUAAACCCCUCGAAAGGGUGAAAACGUACCGCACUCCCUUUCUUUCCAUAUCCAGGUCAAUCAAUUCCCACCAUAGUGUUAAAACUUAAACACAGCCAUCCUUGUCCCUAGGUUACAAGAUGGCCGCUUGGAUAGAGCAGCAAGUCUCCUCUAUUCACAAACAGUCCCCUGCCAUGUCAUUAACUCUGCCUUUAAAUCUUUUGAACCACACCGGUGUUUCCAAUCUGUGUCGUCCCUCUUUAAUAGUGAAGGCGGGGGGGGGGGGGGGGGGGGGAGCUUUGUCGGCAUUAAGCAAUGAGAAGAAUGAGGAUAAGGAAAGUUUUCAUGUGCCAAAGUUGUUCAGACAAUGCCAUCGUCCGAUCUCUCAUUCUGUGAGUUGCAUGCGCACCAGAGCAAAUUGUUAUUAUUUCUUACAAUAUGUGAUGUGUUCAUCGUGUUCCACACCCACAUGCGAACACACACACACACACACACCCACAUGGCGUCUCACCUGCCGCUAAAUCUCCGGGGCACUGGUGGCUGGUUACCGCGCUGACGCUUGGCACGAGAGAUAAGCCCAUCGCAUUGUCUUUUCAGAAACAUACCUGGGAAACGACAGCUGCUCGUCUCUGCGGUUGUUCCUACCCUUCUCCCUCUCCCCCUCCAAUCACCUUAAUUUCUGAAUGUAAUGUGUAUGUACUUGCAUAUUUAUAUGAAUAUAUAUAUAUACAUAUAUAUAUAUUUGAAGCACGGGACAUUGUGUUAUGGCCUGCUUCCAUCAUAUAAGAGGACUCAAAGAAUGGUGAAACAUGAGGACUCUGGUCCUGCAUUUCGUGGUCAUGUUCUUUUCAUUUCUUUUCCUCCAUAUGAAUGAAGGAAAUGGCUACAUCAAAUGCUGUUGUGUGCUGAUGAUGUGUUUUGUAGAACAGAAGGUUCAUUAAACGACGUUCACAUGUAGGGCUCUUUACUAUUACAGUGUUUUAAGUCUGGUGCAGGUGGGGCAAUGUCAUUUUACGCGAUAUACAUGAGCUAUAUGUUUCACUGCCUUGUUAAAACUCACGAAGGACAUGUUGUUUUGCUUCUUAUUUUUGGAGGCAUAGAAGAUUAAAAUAAAAGUGUUUUCAAAGGU